GAUAGUGAUUGCGGUAGUUCAGCAACAUUUUGUGUUUAUUCUCGCGUCACAUACGGCAACUCCGCAACAAUUUUCUAUUUGGCCAGAAGACAAUUGCAGAAAGUUUUCACCCGAAAAAAGCAGCCAUAAUUCGCCAAUUGCAGAUGAAUGGAGUAAUUAAGCAUAAAUUGUGCAUAUUUUGUAAGCCAGCAGCGCUGCAGUGACCGUUUGCGAGCCUUUCUGUUGCUGCGCCCAGCAAGAGCAGCCAAAACAACAGUAGCAGCAGCAGCAGCAGCAGUGACAACAACAGUUGCAAAAAUUCGGCCAGCUGCAUUUGUCAUCUCUUUGGUCAGCGAUAUUAUUAUGGACAAAAAAUCCUCGCCCGUGCGACGACAAAAGCGCCAAGCGAAAGUAAUUGAGGAGAAUUUCUGGGACUGCAGCGUCUGCACGUACAGGAACUCGGCGGAGGCGUUCAAGUGUCGCAUGUGUGACGUGAGAAAAGGCACCUCGACGCGCAAACCGCGCCUGAACUCGGCGCUAGUCGCUCAGCAGGCGGCCACAUUGCCCGGCGCCAGCGGUAACAUGCCCAACGGCAAGCCGGCGUCCAGUUCGCGGCACGGCAGCGGGCACGACAGGCAGCGACACAAACGGUAUCCAGCGCGUUUGAAGAACGUGGAUCGCUCGACGGCGCAGACGCGUGAGGUGACCGUGAAUUCGGUAACCGUUUUCAUCACAGAAUACAAGGCCAAGCCGGUGAGCAGCCGGCGUGAGUCGAGUGAACAGAGCUUCAGCGAGAGCAACGAUAGCCGGAGUUAGGUUUAAAUGAUAAGCGCGUAAUUUGUGUUCCCAAUUACAACCUUUUUUUUUUCUUUUAUAUAUGUAUUGAGAUAUA